UCCUCACUGAGUUUCCCUUUUAUUCUUUGUUUCUCUCCCUCCUUUCAAGCUCAACCGCCGCUCUCCACGCUCGCUGCUCCCAUAGCCGAAACACCACCAUUCUCCUCGCUCAAUUCUCGGGGUCUCGCCGCAUCUCAACUUUACGCCGUCGAGCUAACACUGCCUAGUGCCUAGUGCCACCUCACUCCGCCAUCGCAAUUGCUUAUCAGAACCACCAUAACUCAACUCACUCACUCUCACACCUUGUUCUUUUGAGGAUGUCGGCAAUGGCGAAGGCAGUACUACACUCUCCUAUACAUACCUCUGUUUCAUGGCCUUUUUCCCUUCCUCCCCCUCAUUUUCUCAGGCCUUCCACACUUCCGGCAAACCAGUCUAAGAUUGGACGCGACAGAACCCUAAUUCUGCACCGCUGCAGUUUCAUCACUGCUGCAGCAUCUGGGUCAUCGUCGGCUUCGGCGGUCACACCAAGCAGUGGCUCAGCCCCACCGGUAAUCAAGAAGAGAUUGAGGUAUAGGAGGCAGUACCCAGGAGAGAAUGUGGGCAUCACUGAGGAGAUGAGAUUCGUUGCCAUGAGACUCCGCAACAUCAAUGGUAAGAAUUACACUCGUAACAGUGAUAGUGAUGAUGAUGAUGGUAAGCAGAAAUCAACACUCAGCGAAGAUGAGGAAAGUGGAGCCAGUGAAUCAGAAUCAGAUGGUGAUGAGAUGGGGGGCACGUGGAAGCCCAGCAUGGAAGGUUUCCUCAAGUACUUGGUUGAUAGCCAGCUCGUGUUCAGCAUCGUUGAGCGCAUUGUUGAUGAGUCUGAAGACGUUGCUUAUUCUUACUUUAGAAAAACCGGGUUAGAACGGUCAGAAGCCAUUUUGAAAGAUUUAGAGUGGCUUAGACAAAAGGGAAUGGUGAUUCCAGAGCCUACCAAUGUUGGAGUUUCUUAUGGCAAGUAUCUAGAAGAGCUAGCUGAGAAGAGUGCUCCAAUGUUCCUCUGCCAUUUCUAUAACAUAUAUUUCUCCCAUAUAGCUGGAGGUCAGGUCAUAGCAAAGCAGGUUUCUGAGAAUCUUCUUGAGGGAGUGGAGCUGGAAUUUUACAGAUGGGAAGGAGAGGUACCAGAGUUGUUGAAAGGUGUUCGUGAAAAGCUUAACACGCUUGGAGAGCAUUGGUCUCGGGAUGUGAAAAACAAAUGCUUAAGAGAAGCGUCAAAGUCAUUCAAGCUUCUCGGUCAGCUAGUUCGCCUAAUCAUUUUGUGAAAAACGUUUUGUCACCAUCACUUUUUCUGGCUUGCAAUGUAUAUAAAGGAAGAGAUGCAACAUCAUGGUUUGGAGGCCACGGCCAUGAAUGGGAUAUUCCACUUGAUUCGGACUUUGUUUUAUUUGACUGAAGUAGAACAAAUCCGCACACUUGGUACUCUGCCUUAUGUUCCCCAAUUGAACUUGUUGUAAAUAUACUAAAUUUUGUGUGAAAAUUACACUUAGUACCUAAUUUAAGUUAACCUUUUUAAUUUUUA